UCUCCUUUAUAGAUACAUCUACAUUUGCUGCCAACCAUUUACCUGAUUUCACAGCGCCGCUCAGUGGUGAGAAACGGCACUGCGUGAUGACUCUGUCACAAUGCACUAGUUACGCACAGCACGUUAGUUACGCAGCGACGUAAACACGUGCUGCUUCAACUGUUUCUUGUGUCCAUCGUCGUCCUCGCGCUCCAGCAGCAUCACUCCCUGACAACAGCAGCGAUGGCGGAGCCCGUAGCAUCGGAUGCGGCAGCAUCCCCGACCCCGGGCCUCUCUCCUGCAGCCAGCCCGGUCUCCGAGCCCCCUUCCCUGGCUCUCUCCCCUACGGCGGACGGCUCCCAGCGGCUGCUCUUCUCCCACGACCUGGUCUCCGGGCGGUACCGCGGCUCAGUCCGGUUCGGCCUCGUACGGAUGAUCCAUGGCGAAGAGGAAUUUAACUCCGACUCGGACCUCGACGACGGCGUAGGGAGACGCGGCGACAGUGGUGGAGGAGGAGGUGGAGGUGGAGGAGGAGGACGAGCCCCAGGUGGUUCGGACACUGAGAGCGCAGUGGACUCCCCGAGUGAGCCGCUCGGCAGGGGCUUCGUCCGCGUCCAAUGGUACCCCGAGGGAGGCAAGCAGGACAUCAGGGAGACAAAGCUGAAGCUUGAAGAUCGAUCUAUUGUCAUCAGAGACAUUGUACGACGGAACCAUUCCAAUGACAACCAGUGUGGUAUUGUGACCAACAUUAACAUCGAGUGUGCAGUGAAACUAGUGGGAACAAAUUGUGUUCUGUAUCCAGUUAACAGCAAAGACCUGCAGCACAUCUGGUCUUUCAUGUAUGGCGACUACAUUGCCUAUGACUUCUGGCUGGGGAAAGUGUACGACCUGACUAAUCACAUCAUCCUCAAGCUCUCCAAUGGAGCCAGGUGCUCCAUGAGUGUGGAGGACGGUGCCAAGCUUUACGACGUCUGUCCACAUGUCAGUGAUUCGGGUCUGUUCUUCGAUGAGGCGUAUGGUUUCUAUCCAGGCCAGGUCCUCAUCGGGCCGGCUAAAGUCUUCUCUAAUGUACAGUGGCUGUCAGGGGUCAAACCUGUCCUCAGCAGGAAGUGCAAGUUCAGGGUGGUGGUAGAGGAGGUAAAGGUGGUAGAACUGAAGGUCACGUGGAUCACCAAGAGCUACUCCCCCAAAGGCUCUGACAGCGUUUAUCCACCUCCCUCCGCCAUCACACAGGAGAAUCUCUGCAGGGUGAGACGUCUGGGCUACUACGACCACACCCAGAGGCAGCUGGGAGAGAGGGCCCUCUACGUCUUUCCCGCCAAGGGGGACGCCACGCGCAUCACCUGUGAGGGACCCGAGGGUGCACCUGUCCUGCCUGAGGACCCUGUGGCCAGAAAGCUGAAAAGGAUGUUCAAGAAGGAUUCAGGAAAGAAGAUAGAGAAUGCCGACACACAAGCUGAACACAAAUCUGAGCAGACAGACCCGUCUCACCCAAACAACAACAACGGUCCCGUGGUGUCCAUCCCAAACCCCCCAGACUCCCAAAACACUGACACCCCAGCUGAGCACGGGGAACAGGACGCCGAUGACGAGGCUGCAGAGGACACUGAUGACACCAGCUCUUUGACGUCGUCUGCGAGCUCCACGGCCUCGUCUCAGAGCGGCGGGCUGGGAACACAUCGAAAGAAGAGCAUCCCCCUCUCCAUUCGCAACCUGAAGAGGAAGCACAAGAAGAAGAGAACCAAGUUCUCCCGGGAGUUCAAGCCUGGAGACCGGGUCGCAGUAGAAGUUGUAUCCUCUAAGACCACAGCUGAUGUGAUGUGGAAAGACGGGCGGGUGGAGAAGGGGAUCCGAUCAAACGACCUCAUCCCGAUCCAGCACCUCGACGGCCAUGAGUUUUGUCCCGGGGACUUUGUAGUAGACAAACGAUCCCAAGCCCUCCAGGACCCGGGAGUGUACGGUGUGAUCCAGUCGGGUGAUCACAGGGGGAGAACGUGUGUCGUCAAGUGGAUCAAACUCAACUCCACGAGUGACGACGUGGAGGUUAUCGGAUUGGAGGAGGAUGUCAGUGUGUACGAUAUCGCUGAUCACCCAGAUUUUCACUUCCGCACCACUGACAUCGUCAUCAGAAUAUGGAACUCAGAGAAUGGAGAGAACGACUGUGAAAAUGAAACGUCAGUGGGCCAGGUGUCCAGGGUGGAUGUGAGCAGCAAAGUGGAGGUGGUGUGGGCAGACAACUCACUGACAAUCGUCCUGCCACAGCACCUUUACAAUGUGGAAUCUGAGAUCGAAGAGACGGACUACGACUCCGUGGAGGAAACCAGCAGCGUCCUGUCCACUGAGGAGUGGGAGGACGAGAGCGACAGCUGGGAGACGGAUAACGGACUCACCACCGAGGAUGAUAGCCACAUCCACAAUGCCGAUGCGACCCCAAUCCCAACGCCCACUGGCUCCACAAACUUCAUCAUCCCCCCACAGGAGGGCAGCGUCACCAGCCCCACUAAAGCCGUUUCUGGAGAGGAGGGAGAAGUGGCUGUGGCCAGUCCGUCUUCUGUAGGAGGAACAACUCCGGCAGGCACUGUCAACGGAGCCGAGAAGCCCAGUAAAGAUGGAGCCUGUCGGGGCUUCAGGGAGUUGAAGGAAGCCAUGAGAAUCCUGGAGAGCCUGAAGAACAUGACUGUGGAGCAGCUGUUGACCACCGGCUCGCCAACGUCUCCGACCUCAGCCGAACCAGCCUCCACCACUAACCUAGCGAGUACAGUGACACCCACUGCCCCGGAGAAGCCCACCAAGGAGAAACGAUUCCUGGAUGACAUCAAGAAGCUGCAGGAGAACCUGAGAAAGACGCUGGAUAACGUGGCCAUCGUGGAGGAGGAGAAGAUGGAGGCUGUGGUGGAGGCAGGCGGGAGUGGAGGAGCGGGCACAGAGGUGGAGAAAGCUGGAGAGGAGAAGCCCCAACAGGAGCCUCAGACACCGGUUGGUGGACAAGACUGGCCCAGCGAGUUCCUCAGUGACACACCAGUACUGUGCCAACAGAGCGGCGGCAAGCCCGGCGUCACAUUCACCAGUGCCAAGGGAGAGGUGUUCUCUGUGCUGGAGUGGGCACCAGACACUCACUCCUUCGAGAAAAUGGAGUUUCAACCGGCCGAGGCCAGGAAGUUCUUCAGCACAGUGAGGAAGGAAAUGGCUCUGCUCGCAACGUCUCUACCAGACGGCAUCAUGGUCAAAACAUUUGAAGAUCGCAUGGACCUUCUCUCCGCUCUGAUCAAAGGACCCACUCGUACGCCCUAUGAGGACGGUCUGUUCCUCUUUGACAUCCAGCUGCCCAACAUCUACCCAGCUGUGCCACCGCUGUUUCGCUACCUGUCACACUGCAGCGGCCGCCUCAAUCCCAACCUCUACGACAACGGCAAAGUUUGUGUCAGUCUACUCGGCACCUGGAUCGGCAAGGGCACAGAGAGGUGGACCAGUAAGUCAAGUCUGCUGCAAGUCCUCAUCUCCAUUCAAGGCCUUAUCCUGGUGAAUGAGCCUUACUAUAACGAGGCUGGCUUCGACAGUGACCGAGGUCUUCAGGAAGGGUAUGAGAACAGCCGCUGUUACAAUGAGAUGGCUCUGAUCAAGAUGGUCCAGUCUAUGAUGCAACUUCUGCAGCAUCCUGUGGAGGUUUUCAAACAGGAAAUCCAGGAGCACUUUGUCAGUAACGGCUGGCGCCUCGUCCACCGUCUGGAGACGUGGCUCGAGCUGAGCGACGCCACCGAGAGGAGCCAUGCAGCACACGUGUCCUACAGGGCUUCACAUUCUAAAGACCGACCGCCAUCAGUGGAGCCUCUUGACGAGCAGCUGCCCCUGGGAUCAGGGCCCCUGGUGGUGGCCCACAGCAGCCCCAGUAAGCCUGGUGAGGAGGGGAUUGCAGGAGGAGGAGUUACCAGUAUUAUGGAGGAGGAGCUGGAGGAUUCAGGGCUCAGUCCUUCCACCACAGCAGCCUCUCAGCAAGAGCUGAGCCAGAUCUCAGACUGUGACAGCAGCCAGGGUAACGCCUCUCUGUGUGGCGAGAGCAGGGCCCCCUCCACAGCUCCUGGCCCUGUCUGUGGUGGGUCAUCCGAAUCAGGUUCUAUCACGGUUAGCGGAGGAGGGGUAGUCUCCACAGUAAGCCAGCCAGUGGUGCGACCAAAGAAAAGGAGAAAGAGCUACCGGAGUUUCCUCCCAGAAGGCACCGGCUACCCGGACAUCGGCUUUCCACUCUUCCCGCUCUCUAAGGGGUUUGUGAAGAGCGUCCGAGGUGUGCUGCUGCAGUACCGAGCUGCGAUGGUCGCUGCCGGCAUCCCUGAGCACACAGAGGACAAUAUCCCAGCCGAUGAGUGGAUUGGAUAAAGAUGAGUCGAGCUCCCCUGUCUCAUAGAAGCACUUCUCUUUGCAUGGAGGCAGGUAAAAACACAGAGCUUUUAUUGGAGGAGAUCAAAGUUUUUGUCGGCCUCAGCAGGACUUUGACUUCAGUGGUGUGGAUGCAAAAUGGACAAAAUGAGAUGGAAUAUCAGUGCCAUGAACCCCCUACCACCCCCCUCCUUCACCAAGCCUCUGCCAAGCACCUACCAUAUGGGCGGGGACUUGAUGGAUAACCACUCAGACUGGGAAAUAUUAAGCAGACUGGUGAUCGGCUGGGUUGCACUGAAAAACUGCAAAUCCCAGCUCUCCUGGCUGUUGGGCUCACUGCGGCUCCCUGUAGCACUUCUGAUGUUAUUACUGAACCUUCCUGCACUACAACCAAGAAAUGGACAAUCUGGUGUGCAAGAGGUGACGUAUAAAUACACUGAACGAGAGGUUUCCUUAUUUUUUUGUAGAAUUCACUGGUUGUACGCUUUCUGCCAAAUUUCUGUACACACACAAACACACAUAUUCAAGUAGAACGUACUGAAUGUCAGUAAAACUGCCAACCACAACAGCUUCACCACUUCGUCCACCACACUCGCUGGUACUUUCCAUCGCCAAUCACUCUCGCACAGAAGCACGCGGGGAACAUCGAGUGACAAAGUUUACACACGAGUCCCGUCUGGAGGUCAGACUGCUGCAGCUGUUUGGUGUGUAGAGGAGCCGGCCAGGUGCAGGGCGACAGGGAAGAGGCUGCCUGUGAACGUGUUUGUGCUCUAAUUCAAGCUUAGAGGAGAAUCCUGGUAUCUUUCAACCUGAGCCCGAUGUUCAUAAGUGUGGGUGUAAAUGUGUGGUACUUGCAAAACACUUUUAGAAUCAGUUUCUCUAUAGGUUUCCACCUCUGUCUUCCUGCAACAACCCAAGUCUCACGUGACUUGGAGGGAGACUCAGCGGGGGGGGUAGGGAAGCACGAGCUGCUGCACGUUUGUGAGUGAGACGUCUCAUUGAGUGAGAUGUGUGUAACGUUACCAGACUCCUGCCAGAAUAACAAUUUGAGCCUUUUUAUUGUUUGGAAAAAAAAAGAACAAAGUGGACAUUUAUUGGAUUGGUGCAUUUGUUCUGUUGUAGCCACUGUUGCACACACACAUGUAUAAACAGCCCAGGUUGGAAAAUCCCCAAAUUCCCCUUAAACUCAUUUGCUGCCUCAACAUACAACAGGAACAUUUACUUUCUCUAGAGUUAGGCAAAAGCUGUUCACUAAGAUGGAAUCUGUUCUUUGGUGUUUCGAUAUGUUCAAGGUUGUUACACUCACAGAGGCUGGACUGUUUCAAAGUGGAGCCUUUACCCAUGAUGCUCCUCUUCUUUGUGACAAAGGCGACGUCGCUGCAAAUGAAGCAAUUUAUAAAUAAUUAUAAAAUUAAAAUAAAAAAAUGUAAAAAAAAACAUUCAGCGUCCAUUCCGUCAUCUCAUGUAAACAUGUUGCCUUUCUGAAAUGUUCUUAAUGAUCUCAGACCAUUGUGUACAGCGCUGCUUGUGUCAUAGUUUAGGCAUUAACCUGCACAGACAGAACCACAUGGUAAAAACCACUAAAUCCCUGCUCCAGUGAUCUCCUCCUUUAAAAGUGCAGAUCUGUGAUCAGUUUCCCACUUUUAGCAGUUCUUUAACACGAGCGAUCUAUUCUGAUGUUCCUCUUCUUUUUGCACGUGCAGAGUUUAAUGACAUCAGGAUAGAGUGCGACAUACAUACAGUGUGAUCCUGAGGGUUUGUUCAUAAUUAACCUGCUUGAUAUUUUUGUUUCUGUUAUUGUUGGAAAACAACAAUUUCAGUGCGAAGGCCAAAUGAGAGCAUUGAGCUUCUGAGUGAGUGGGCACACUGUGCUGACCUGAAGAUGGGAGGGAUGGGAGAGGAUGGAAACUGAGCCAAGAGAUGCUGCGUUUAACAAAUAAAAAUAAAAGAGGGGUCAAUAGUUUUGCUUUGUCUUCCAUGAAUUGUUUCUCCUUUCCCAACUGAACAUUGGUUUUCCUGUAUCGGAUGAGGUAAUCGGGCAUCCAUGACAUUUUGUCCUCUUCCAAGAUUUUACCAAACAUCCCUGUUUCUCCACUGCCUUGAAUGCUACAGAGGGAGAAUGUGCCGCCGUCUUCACUUGCUGCUGUAGCUGUAGCAUGUAGCCUUGUUUGCUUUGCUCAGUUUUGUUCUCCCAACACAAACGUUGCUGUUUGUUAAACGUCCCCUUCACAUUUCUCAGAGGAAGGUGUCACUGGUCAGAUCUUGGCUAGAAAGUAAGAGCCGCAUGGUGUUCUGAAGAAACAAACCCACUCUGCUCCUCCAGGAAUGAAGAGGAGACGGAACUGCUCCGUCUUUCAUUCGUUCAUUUCAUUCAACUGUCACACAAAUGGAAAAAUGUCGAGCUAUUGCUAGAGGUCUUGUAAAGCAAAACCCUGACAAGAUAUCAAGCACAUGUUGCUAUGUACAAUUUUCUGUAUGUGUGUUUGUUAGUCAGAAUUAAACUAUAAUUAAUAUUAUCAUUAUUAUUAUUAUUGCGAGAAGUUUGUUUUACAGCCAAAGCAUGUUACUUGUUGCUUUAAGCCUUUUGAAUGAACUACACACAAGACUUGACUGUACGAUGUCUACAUUUCCACAGGGGCCUGUUCUUGAUAUAUAUAUAGAAAAAAAGAUUUGUAGCCUGAUUCCCUGUGUACAGACGUCAUGAUUAUAAUGAAAUAUAUAAAUACAUACAGUAUAUAUAUUUAACACAAACUUGAGUUCUAACAAGUCACGUGGAUGCUUGGGGCAUAUAUGUACAAAAUGCUGAGUGUGUAUUGUACUUAUGAUUUCUUUCAUUUUUUUUUAAUGGUUUCAUUUUGUUGAGUUCAAACAGCUGUAUAGUGAUGCAUUAAAACUUUACAAGCAG